CAAUAUCAAUGUCGAUUGUAAUACAAGAAAAUGCCAUUGUUUAGCAAUAAAUUCUCCCCCAAAACGAUUCCGGUAAGAAAACAAGACACUAACGUACUAAAAAGUGAACUCGGCAGUGAUUAUGCAUCGAAAGAAUUAUCUCUAGAUGUAGGUCCAUUGAAGUUAAAGUUGGGAGAUUUUGAAAUAUCUUUUGAAGAAGGUCAAUGGAUUCCAGCUUCAGGCAAAGCAGGUGCUGCUCACAAAGAAAAUAUUCGUCUCAAAAAUGAGUUAGAAAGACUUGAAGAGGAAAAUAACAUGUUAAGAUUGAAGUUUGAAAUAUUAUUGGACAUGAUGACUGACAAAACUGUCGAGGCUGAACAACAAGCCGAAAUGCAGAGAGCACAGAGUUUGGGAAAUUUGAAACAGAAAAGUAAUAAAAAGAAAUGGUCUUGAAUAUUAUGUAGAUGUAAGUUUUUAAUUUGUGUAAAUAAAAUAAUAUUAAAUAUUCGCUGAUAUUAUAUUUAUUUGAUAUGGAUUUUUAGUUUAAUCAUUGUUCG